AUGUGUAUACUCUGCGUAGUGCAGAAGUGGUCCCGUCGGGCUAUUGGCAUGUUACCGUGGCUGGUGAUUCCCUUCAUCGUGUUAUGGGCGCUCUCCCAGCUUUUCUCACCUGAUCUCCGUUUCGAGAUCACGUCCCCACGCUUGGCUUGCGUGGUGGUUCUCCUCGGUACCAUCUUCUGGUAUGAGAUUCUCUUGCCUCACUUGUCUGUCUAUCGAGCACGGAGGUGCGCACGGAUCCGGGAGCAGCAGCUGAGCUUCGCCAUUGAGCUGCAGAAGCUCCGGAAGACGGCCACACGGCGGUGCCGCAACUGCCUCACACCUUACCGGGACCAGAAGCCCGGAGGCGGUAAGUUCAUGUGUUCGUAUUGCGGGCACGUAUCCAAGAGACCUAUCCUAGACAUUCCGGGGCCUCCUGGUAGUUCAGGGAUCCUCAGUAACCUUAUCAGAAAGAGUGGCUGGUUUUUCAAUCUUGAUUGUCCUGCACUGGGUCGUGGGAAUUGGGAUGGGCAUGUGAACCCAGCCCCACGCCAUUGGGUGAAUGGUGGACAUGAACAAAGUUCCGAAGAGGAGACGUGUUCGCGGGCUGCCAUCUUCAUCUGGAAACUUCUUUCUUCAGUUUUUUAUCUGACGAGGCAGUUCUAUCGAAGGUUUCUCAAAUUUGGUUCUCCCGUUGAAGAUGGGUCUUUGGACACAGAGCACGAAGGAUCAUCAAAAGAAGGUGAACAUGUUUGCCAAGAGAGCAAGGGAGAGAAAGCAAGGAGGAAAGCCGAAGAAAGAAGGCUGGCUAGAUUGGAAAAGGAAAUGUUAGAAGAAGAAGAGAGAAAACAAAGGGAAGAAGUUGCUAGAUUAAUAGACGAAAGGAGGAAGCUUAGGGAUAUAAAAGUGGAAGCUGAGAAAGAGAGUUUGAAGCCCUUGGCGUUAGAUGGGUCAAGGGAUGGGAGAAAAGAAGAAUCCGAUAAGAGGAGACGAGAUAGAAAGAAGGAGAAAGACAAGAACUCUAGUAAAAGUAACUCUGAUGGGGAAGAUAACGAUAGCAGGGGGAAAAAGGAAACCGAAAAGAAACGUGAGUUCGCGAGAAAGAAUGACAAUGAAAGGCAGGAAUUGUGUAGAAUCCAGAGAGUGAAUGCAGAAGUUGUAAGUAGUGUAAUGGGUGUGGCGAAUAAAUCCAAGUCGUUUGAUCGUAUGAAAGGAACUUCUUUAUUUUCAUCUAGAGGUACUAAUGGAUGGACACUAUUUGGGAAGAAUUCCCACGCUGCUUCUGUCCUUGCUAGCAAAUCGAAUAAGCCUGUUGUUGGCUCUGCGGACAAGGUGCAAUGGAAGGAGAGCUGUUCUGUGGGGCAUGUUAUUGGAAAGCCUUCACUAGAUGGAGAUGCUAAAACCUCCAGAAGCACUGGCGCUCGGCCUGUAAGCCCUCUUUCUUUCGAAUUUUCCUAUCUAUGCUUUGAAUUCAUUUAUGUCUCGUAUGGUAAAUAAACCUCUCACAUUAUCUGAAAAAUAAAUGCAUUUAUUUUUUGCUGUGUUAUUCAUGGGAAAAACAUUUACCAGGUUGCUCCGGAUCUAAAUCAAGCGAGCAUUCCAAAAAAGUCAUGGCAUCAGUUAUUUACCCGCCCUUUGGCACUUUCAUCAUCAUCUGACGAAAAUUUUGCAAAGAAACUUGAUGGUAUACCAGAAGCUAAAAUUUCAGAUUCGGCGGAUCAUAAACUGCCAAGUCAUCCUUCACUUAAUCAGAUGCAGUGUGAACAGUCAUUGGCCUGCACCAACGAUCCAUCAGCGAAUGGUGCUUUGGCCAGUGAUUCAUCUUCUCUCACAAUUUACAAAUCCAGAGUUCCUCUUGCUGGAGAGUUGGGACAUAACUUUGGUACAGAGGAAGCAGAACUGUUUCAAGAUCCGUGCUUUGUUCCCGACCCUACCUCCCUGAUUGGGCCUGUUUCAGAGUCACUGGACGAUUUUUUAUCGGACCCAGGACUUGAUUUUAAAGACGAUCUUCUAUCAGAUCCAUCUCAUAUUCUGAGAAGAGUAUGUGACUCGUCUGAUGUGAAGAAGCCUUCUCCAAUUGAGUCACCUAUGUCAAGAUUGUGGAUGUCCAGAGAAAGGCACAUUGGUUCUGGUUCUUGCAGCCCAAGAUCGCAGGAUCAAAGUGCUUUGCCUGACAAUGAAUACAAUAAUGUUAGUGAGCAGGGAACAUGGCAGAUGUGGAGUUCUUCUCUGUGCAAAGAUGGACUGGAUUUGGUCGGGGGCCCUGCAAGCUGGCUUUCAGCCCUGGAGCAGAAUAGAGUUACUCCGGACAUAAUCACUCGUCCACCAGCUGAGAACCCCAUUGCGACUCUUGGUGUGAUGGAGAAGAAUAUCCUGAGGAGCACAUUUAAACAUUCUGACAAUGUCUGCAUCAGAAACCCCGGGGAUGAUGGAAUGGUGAGUCCAUUCACCGCAAAUGAUCCGUGGUCUUCCCCGUUGCACCCUUUUCCAGGUGACGGGGAAAACCAUUUUCCUCACCUCAGAUUCCACAGUGGUACUGCUCAGAAGGAGGAAACGUGUAGAAGUCAAAACGUAUAUACUUCCGGUCUGCCACUGGAUCAAUCGCAAGCUUACUACUGUUCCGGGUAAGUACGAAGGCAUGCCUUCUAGAAUGCUUUUUAGAUUUGUAGGCUUCUUUGAUUCGAUUCCCGCAUGUGGUGUUUUUCUAUCUUCUCUUUAUGAUUCAAAUGUUUGUCUCUCCCAACUCCUUGGCGUCUUUAUUUUCUGUUCUCACCAUUGAUGGUGAGGCGAAGACGGCCUGUUUGAUAUUCCUGUGGGUGCCUACGAAGAUGAUUUAUGUUUUUUUCUGCUCACCUGCUGUGCCGUUUCAAUUUUUUUUUUUUUUUUUGGGAACAAUAUUUUGUCCAAGAUUCUUUGGAAAGAAUUGAAUGCCUUAAGAAAAUGUGGUUAGAGACUCUGACGAUAGCUUUCGUUGAGAAAGGUCUGAGGCCCAAGGGCAUAUUCCAUCUGAUCCCUGACAGGCGCUUUUGGAACCAUGUUCAAAUUUAUUUGUGUGUGUGUGCUGUGGAAUGGAUACGGUGCUUUAUAUGAUGCUUCUUUACAUUGUGCUCGUUUGGUUUCUGGCUCUCUGGAAGAUGGACGAUGGUGAGGCGUCACCCGGGCGUUAUUACUUAGCAUAUCUAGUACAGUCAAUUAUACCAAUUAUCUCUUCCUCAUUAGGUCAAUGCUGCUUGGGAGGAUCAUCUCUAAUGAGCACCCCAGUGUUGAUUCAAUGCGAUCAUCUCCUUGGCACCUGCUGAUCCUUCUGACGAUCUUUUACACAUCCAGCCUCCGAUCUUUCUAGUUCAGUAGCUUCAACCCUGCUAAGAUUCUUCUCUGCUGUUUUCUGUAGGGAUUGGGUCAUUCCUGGUGGGACGAAUGCUGGGAUCUCUUACCCUGUUAGGCCACCACACCUGCCAGGGCAGAUGUGCAGUCACUCUGGCCUCUCAGUUGACAGCAGAGAACAUGAAAACAUCUAUGGGCGGUGGUGA